AGACUUCCACUCCUCGGUCGCUCUCCCGCGUUGCCAAGCUUCUGUUCUUCCUUCCAGGCAAGGGAACCUAUCGAUACGACAUGUGCGGGGGAGCGAUCCUCGCCGAGCUCGUCCCCGAGCGGGUGCACCGGCCGCUCACAGUCGCCACGCUCUGGCCGGCGGCCGAGAGCGGGGCCACCGCCACCGCCAGCGGCAAAAGGAAGGCGGCCGACGUCGACGACGAGCUCGAGGCCGUCACCGACGACGAGGAGUUCGAGGCCGAGUUCCAGCUUUUCGUGGACGACGACGAGCCGUCUCCGGCCGCCUCGCCCGAAUCGUCCGGCCGCAGGUCCAGGGUCGCUGCCCCUUCUCCUGCAGUUUCAGGGCGCUCCGUGUGCACGAGCCCGGCUCCGCGCGUGAACAAGUACAGGGGCGUCCGCUACCGGCGGUCGGGGAGGUGGGCGGCGGAGAUCCGGGACCCGCGGCAGGGGCGGCGCGCGUGGCUCGGCACCUUCUGCACCGCCGAGGAGGCCGCCCGGGCGUACGACCGCGAGGCCAGCCGGAUCCGCGGGAAGAGCGCGCGGCUCAACUUCCCGCUCCCGGACGAGGGCCAGGGCCCCCGCCGGCGCCAGAGGCGGAGCACGCCGGCGCCGGCCAUCGACCUGAACCUGCCGGCCGUCUCCGACGACGACACCAUUGAUGCUGACGACGAUUCCGACGACGCUCGCCGUGCAGCAGAGAUGGGCGGUGAGGCGGUGCAGAGCGCGCUGGCGCGGAUCAAGGAGCUGAUCGCGCAGGGUCCUCACGGAGAGAGGAUCGUGUCGGAGCUGAAGAUGAACGGAGCGGCCGGGGCGUUGCAGUACGCGGCGCUGAUCGCCGAAUGCAGCCGUCAGAUGGAGGAGAUCGCUGCCCUGCGGAGAGACCUCGAGACACGCGAGAGGCAGCUUGUCCGGCUGGUUUCAAAUGUUAUGCUUCGUUGAUCACUAUAAACGUCUACUGAUGUUUAAAGUGUCAGGAAACUUUAGUAUGAUUGCUGGAUUAUACAUGCCAUGGCCCAUGA